UACCAAAACUACACUGCCUUCACUUGUUAAGUUUACAAUUCUCUGUUUUGGGCCAUGGAGACUCUGAACUCUAAGUAGUACUACUACUUGUUGCUAUUUUUUGUUAUCUUUUUAUUAAAAUACUUUUUUCAUUCCAAAAAAACGUUUACCGCCUAGUCCUCUGUCUCUUCCAAUAAUUGGCCAUCUUUACCUUAUCAAAAAUUCUAUUCAUCAGUCAUUAACCUCAUUAUCAACUAAAUAUGGACCGGUUAUGUACCUCCGGUUCGGCUGUCGAAAUUUGCUUAUUGUGACUUCUCCAUCCGCUGUAGAAGAAUGUUUCACUAAAAACGAUAUCAUAUUUGCUAACCGUCCUCAGACUAUGACUGGAGAUAAGUAUUCAUUCAACUAUAAGGCUGUUGUUUGGGCUCCUUAUGGUUAUCAUUGGAGGGCGCUUCGCCGUCUAAUGGUAAUUGAGAUUUUCUCUUUCAGUAGCCUUCAAAAGUCUUCUGCAUUGAGGAGUGAAGAAAUUAGAAUUCUUAUUCGCGGUUUAUUUAAAGUUCAUUGUAAUAGGAGUGGUGUGAAAAUUAACUUGAGUAAUUGGGUUUUUACUUUUUCUUUUAAUGUUAUGAUGAGAAUUGGUACUGGGAAACGUUGCGUAAGUGAGGAGGAGAUAGGAACAGAGAAGGGUAAAGAAAUUAUUGAAGAGAUCAAGGGAAUUUUCUUCGCGACGUUGUUGGUUUUGAAUGUGUGUGAUUUCUUGCCAGUAUUGAAAUGGUUUGGGUAUAAAGGGAUUGAGAAGAGGAUGGUUUCAGCUCAUAAGAAGAGAAAUGAAUUCUUGAAUAGUUUAUUUGACGAAUUUCGACAGAAGAAAGUUAGUGUUUCGGAGUCCAGUACUGAUGGAAACAGAGAGAAGAAGGGCACAUUGGUUGAAACUCUGUUGUCUCUGCAAGAAUCAGAACCCGAAUUCUAUACAGAUGAUCUCAUUAAAAGUGUUGUACUGAUGUUGUUUAUUGCAGGAACAGAGACCACAUCGAUGACCAUUCAAUGGGCGAUGCGACUUCUUUUAGCUCACCCUGAGGCAUUUCACAAGCUGAGAGCUGAGAUUGACAGCAAAGUGGGGAACGAGCGUUUGCUCAAUGAAUCUGAUUUCACUAAUCUUCCUUAUUUGCAGUGUGUUAUAAACGAGACGUUGAGAUUAUACCCUCCAGUACCGCUGCUGUUGCCUCACUACUCAUUAGAAGAUUGUACUAUUGGUGGCUAUGAUGUACCAAAACAUACGAUCCUAAUGGUUAACGCUUGGGCCAUCCAUAGGGACCCCAAGGUAUGGGAAGAGCCUGAAAAGUUUAAGCCGGAGAGAUUUGAGGGUGUGGAAGGGGAAAAAGAAGGGUUCAAUUAUAAAUUUGUGCCAUUUGGAAUGGGGAGAAGAGCCUGCCCUGGAGCUGCAAUGGGCUUACGUACUGUUUCGUUGGUUUUAGGUUCGUUGAUUCAGUGGUUUGAUUGGGAAAAUGUGGAAUUCGAGGAAAACUUGGAUGCCUGCUAUAAUACUAGAAUCACUUUGAACAAGGAAAAGCCUUUGGAGGCCAUAUGCAUUCCUCGCCAGAAUUGUAUUCGAUUCCUUGACCAGCUCUGAGUUUAUUAUCCAUGUAUUGUAAGGAUCUACCUUUGUGUUCUUAGUGAAUGUUUAUAAAUAAGUACACGAGUUUAAGGACAAGGUAGAAAUGAAACAUGAAACAACUCUUAAGCUGUUAUUUGUUGAA